AUGGGUGAAAAGCGUGCCCACUCCAACCUUUUCAAUCGCCUCGUGACGGUCGCGGUCGCGUUUGGGUCAUUGACUUACGGGUACUGUUCUGCUAUCAUCGGAAGUACUAUCGGCCAACCUGGCUGGUAUGAAUUUUUCAACCUGCCCACAGAGGGCCCCGGUUACGCAACCACCACAACAAAUACCAUCGCUACCGCAAAUGGGCUGUACAGUGCCGGUGGUGCUGUGGGAUCCCUUUGGAUCAUGUGGGCUGCUACCGCUCUUGGCCGGAAGCGUAACAUCCAGCUUGGUGCCUUGUUGGCAGUGCUCGGUGGGGCUUUCCAAGGCGGCGCUGCGAAUCUUGGGAUGUUCCAGGCAGGCCGCUUCAUUUCGGGCCUUGCCAUAGGUAUUCUGGUUACGAUCUGUCCGAUGUAUAUGGCUGAGCUUGCACCGCCUGAGAAGCGUGGCUGGCUGGUGGGCCAUCAUGCUAUCUUUUUGGUUUUCGGCUACAUGUUGUCAGCCUGGCUUGGUUAUGCCACCUACUUCGCCACAGCAGCCAAUCCAUCAUUUGCGUGGCGCUUUCCCCUUUGUAUGCAAUGCCUCGCUCCCCUCAUUCUACUUGCGACAUCUUUCUUCAUCCCAAGGUCACCUAGAUGGCUUCUACAAAAAGGAUUGACAGAAGAGGCAUGGACAACUCUUCUCCGACUCAGAAAAUCCCCAGAUGAUCCAGAUAACCUCGUCGCCAAGGAAGAGCUAUAUCAGACCAAGGAGCAACUGGCCCUGGAUGCGGCCAAACUGCGCAAACUUAACACCACACCAUGGCAGGCCGUCCUGAAAAUCAAAAGCUAUCGAAAGCGCAUGAUAAUCGGCUUCCUAACCCAGUGGGGCGCCGAAUUUUCGGGGCCAUUGGUCAUUAAUAAUUACUCCGUCAUUCUCUAUACAAAUCUUGGACAGACUGGCUCAAUGCCGCUUCUUCUCUCUGCAAUCUGGCUAACAACUGCAGGCGUUAUUUACAAUCCACUUGGGGCCUGGCUUCAUGAUCGCGUCAAUUCUCGUCGAUGGAUGUUCAUGGUGGGUACUUUUGGGUGCCUCAUCACCACGAGCGGAUUGGCUGGCUGUAUCGCACAAUACUCUGGUACAACCAAUAAGGCUGGCAAUGCUGCUGGUGUCUUCUUUGUCUUCUUGUACCUUGCUUUCCAAGGGACUGGUUGCGAUACCACAAUGUAUUUGUAUGUCUCUGAAAUCUUCCCCACAGAGAUUCGACCGAUCGGAAUGGGAUUCUCACUCUUUGGACAAUUUGCGUCCACGAUUAUUCUCCUGCAGACCGCACCUAUUGGCUUUGUCACGAUCGGGUGGAAGUACUAUCUGGUCAUCAUUUGUUGGUGCAUCGUGUUCCUCCCAAUGAUAUACUUUUUCUGGCCCGAGACUGCUCAACUCUCUUUGGAAGAAAUUUCGGCAAAGUUUGGCGACGAUGUUGCCGUCCACGUCCACGAUGUCUCGGCCGAGCAACGAAGAGAGCUCGAUGAAUUCCUGAGGACCACUGAUGUCGCUCACGCUGAGGCCUCCGAACUCGAUCAGUCGAAUGAGAAGAGCCUCCAAAGCGUUGAAAGGGUGGCCUAG